AUGAAACAAGAAAGUACAGUUAUGGAGAAGACCAAGGAUACAGAGAGUCCUAGUGUAUUUCAGGAGGUCUUUGGCACUAAAGAUAAUCCAACUGUUAUCCCUUUCAAAUCAACAAUUACGAAUCCAAAGAUAUACUUUCCCUUGAUUACUUUUACAGGUGCCCUAUGUACUGGUCAUAUACAUAAUGCUGAUGCCCUACGUGAACUGUUCUUUAAAUGUGGUGGCUUCUCCUUCGAUCCUAAUAUUUCCAGACAAGAAGCUGUAGUUCAUGUGAAUAAUAUAAUUUCUGCUGCUAAUGGUACUACAUUUUUGUCUCACUUCAUUGUUGGUAUAAUUAUAGAUAACUUUGGUAUUAUGCCUUGUGCCUUUUUAGCACACCUCUCGUGUAUAUUAGGUUACAUUUUCUUUCUACUUGUACAUAAAAAUAUAUAUCUUUAUUAUUUUGCAGCUAUAUGUUGGGGAUUUACUAUUUCGGCAAUAUUUGCAUCUAGAUCUAGAUUUAUGAAAUUAUUCCCUACUGUGAAGAAUACAGUAAGUAUGUUUUUAACAUUGGGUAUGGAUUUUGCCUUGCUACUCCCUGUACUUCUGGAUAUAGUUUGUGAAAGGAUUAGUAACCCGAAGAUUGCCAUUUAUGCAAUGGUAGGAAUUUUAUCUUUGGUUUUACUUCACCACAGUUUCAUAUUUCCAUUUGGAGAGUUACCUAAUAAAAUGAAUCGUCUUUAUGAUACUGAACAUACACAUUCUAGUGAAUAUUGUUUAUCUGAGACAGUAGAUCUAGAUAGUGAAUCAAGUGAAUUAGUUAAACAUAAAGACAAUUCUAAUAUAGCCGGUUUACCUGAAUAUCGUGAUUUGCCAUGGUAUAGAAAGUUGUUAUCAGCACCUUUCAUUAGUUUCAUUUUCUAUUUCUGGUUUUUAGCCCUAGCUAAGAUGCAUUACCAAUUAUUCUUCAGAGCUACAUGUUUUAUUAAUAUAGAAAAUAAGGAUAUUAUAAGUAGUUUAGCUCGCAUUUCCAAUAUAGUAUUUUCUAUUUUUUCCAUAUUUUCAGUUAUAUGGGGUUAUAUUGUAGAUAGAAAUGGGUUAUUAGGAGCUCUUCAAUGUCAAAGUUGUUUAAUUGUUCUUUCAUAUUUCUUUUUGGGUUUCAAGACUAUCAGAAGUAUUGCACCUCAGUUACUCUCAAGUUUUUUUUAUGGUGCUUUCAUGUGCUAUCAGAAUGCUUUAAGUUAUAGUUUCACUGCAUCAGUAUUUGGAUAUAAGGAUUUUGGUAUUGUUCAAGGUUUAACCUCAAUAACUGCUUUUAUAUGUCUUCUAAAUAUGGAUACUUGGCAAAAUACUUUAAAUAUAUUGGAAAGAAACAAUUAUGACCUAAAUUUUGCAAAUUCCAUAAUACAAUAUGUUGCAUUGGGACUCUUUACAAUAAUAACUAUGAUAAAGGUCAUAUAUAAUCGUAAGAAUUCCUAUAUUUUGUAAAUUUCUGCGAUGAACUCCUUAAAAUAUAUAUAUGUAUAUAUAUAUAAAUGCAAAUAAAGAAUUUAAACUAGUUUUAUAUACUAAAAUUUAGAUGUAUAACUAAGAUAUUGAAUCUCUUAAAUUAGUCUAUAUGUAAUUGCG